CUAUUCCCUCCUUCGAUUCUGUACAAAAACGGUACGACUACUACCAAUUUCUUCCGACGAGGCCGAUGGAGGAGACGAAACAGAGCAUUCGCGUCAUUGACGAGCACCAGAUCGAGAAUCCGAUAGCCGCGGAGGAGGAGCCGGUGGUUGAGGAGGCGGACGAGACGACGACUGUGACGGCGCCGAUGAAGGCUGCGCAGAUCCUGCGGCCUCGCAUCAUGGAGAGGCCGGUCCGUAAGAAAUCAGAGAGGACCAACACCGGCAUCGAUUCAAUAGGGGAGAUUCUAGGGUUGGAAUUGAGUUUUUGAAUUGGCAUAUUUGGCAAUGGGAUCAGCAGGCGGCUUGGUUUCCAGAGAAAGAUGGGAGAGAGCUGAGUGUGAAUCUCUGUCGGCGUUAGCGAUCUUUCUUUCUAUGGGAUGCGAUUCCGAAGGUUGAUUCGAAGCAGUGGAUGGUCAUAUUGGUCUGGAACUUGCUGGAUAUGAUGGGAGUGGAGGAGGAUUGAUGAGCAGGGUAAAGCAGGGUCCUUUAUGGGGUAGAAAAUGGAUUGGGUCGAGCUGGAUGGAGGGAGAAGUCGUUACCGUUGCCAGGAGAUUCGGUCGUCGGAGAUACCGAAGAUUCAUAGUAUGUUGUGGACGAGGACGCGUACUUGGGCUAGGGAUUCGAGGGAAGAAGUGUGGACGUAUUGAAAUUGAAGAGGUCCCAUAUUGAUUUAAGU